AUAAAAAUGCGUUUAAAUCCGUGAUAAUCCAAAUAUCCAGUCCGGGUUUUCCAGCUAAAGACAGGUAACCUCUCUUCACAUCGCUGUCCAGAAUCCAGUUCCAGUCGCUACAGGUGGUUGGAAAUCUGUUUCCGGGUUUUUCCUCGUACCUUCCUUCACUUUCCUGACUGGAUUCGUUGCUUUCAAAAGCGCGUUCCCUGAUGCUUGCGAACAACAUCAGCGCAAACGGUCCGGACCACUUCUGCAUCUUUUAAAAAUAUGGCGGGACCUUUUCUUUACACAACUUUACCUUGUGGGAACUUUUGGGACACAUCUUUUGGAUAUUAAAACACGUCGUCGCGAUGUUCGUCUACAUUUAAAUCAGGUUUAAAAUGCCUUUCCCGCAGAGAACCGUUGAGCCUCAGCUGGUAAGCAGGUUGAGAGGGAGCGAAGGCUCAGAAAAGAGUUUCAUCACAUCGGAUGGUCGCAGAGUUCGCAAGCCUGUUUUGUUCAACUCUUCGGACGAAGUUUGUUGUCAAACACUCACUGGUAUUUUGCAUCAGCUGUCCGAUUUAUCGCGACAUGCCAGUGACAUUUUCCUGGGAAUCGAGUCUCAGGCGGGGCUGAUCACGCAACGGGCGACGAGGAUUCAAGUGCGUCUGGAGAGACUGCAGAUCGUCGCGCGCAACCUUGAUCCCAAAAAAGUUAAAAUACCUGUGUCUAAUUUGGAUGAAGAGAAAAAGUGGACCGUGCACUACACUGCUCCAUGGCAUCAACAGGAAAACAUCUUUCUGCCGGGUACCAGACCCGCCUGUGUGGAAGACCUGCACCGCCAGGCCAAAGUUAACCUGAAAACAGCCCUCAGAGAAUGUGAUAAACUGAGGAAAGAUGGCUUCCGCAGUUCACAGUACUACUCACAGGGUCCAACUUUUUCCAGACCCACUGAAUCCCAAAAUGAGGACGAGGACAAUGAAGCAGAUGAUGCUGAUAGAAAGUCCACAGCAUCUUCAGGAGAGGAAGAAAAGGGCGAAAUGAGUUCAGCACAGGUGGAGGGAGUUGAUGGGCAAACGCCAUGUACCAAAGCCGCACACCUGCCGACUCCAGAGGAGAAGAUGAGGCAGCAGGCCCAGGCCGUUCCCACAGAUAUUGUCCCCAUCAAUGUCACAGGAGAGACAUUUGACAGGCAGGCCAGCAUCCGCCGCUCCCUAAAAAACACUGACACUCUGACCCAGCGGUCCAAGAAGGUUAAGCGGAGAAAGACUAUAUCAGGGGUGCCUGACAGCGUCCAACUGGAACUAGCAGCAAAAGGGCGUGGAGGAGAGCUUCGGCCACAGUCCAUGUUUAUCCCCGGGCAGUAUUCAACACUUGGGAGAAUCGGAAAUGGGAAUUCAACUCUCCGUCGGUCUGAAACCAAAGAUUCUGGCUGCCAGACCGAGGCGGUGAAAAUCGUCCCACCCUCCAUGAGAAGAAUACGGGCUCAGAGGGGCCAAGGAAUCGCUGCUCAGAUGUCUGGCAUUUCUACCUCUGCCAGCAACAUCUCUUCUAUGUCUGAUGGAAACUCCUCUGGAAGUUCAAUAGUUUUAAAGGCACCACAGUUUUGCAAUGAUAGACAGCGUUUUCACAGCUUGCCACGAGGUGCACGGGUCUCUCUAAAUGCAAGCCCUCUUUACAGUAGCACCCCGUGCGGGCAUGAAGAUUCCACAGCAAAUGCAUCUCAUCAGAUCGGAAAAUUACAGGUGGAUGAUACUGUGGUGCACAUGAGGAAUGCCCCGAGGGGACGCACCCCAGUUCGACCAAAAUCUCAGGAGGUGAGAGGUAGUCAAAGAGAGUGGGACUCUAUCUCUGGUCCUGCUUGUGUAGUUUCUCCACAUGCAGCCUACUCGACGUCACUGAUACCCAAUGCUACACUAUCAUGUUCUUCUGAGGUAAUUGCACUUCACACUACAUCAAGCCCUGGCCAGAGCCCAACUACUGGGUCUCCGUACUCUAAAGGUAGACCUCUUAGCAUGGUCGCAGCUGUCAACAGGGAGAGCACCAGUAGUGUGGCAACAGGUUCCCACACACCAGAAGCAGGCAUUCAGGAUACCUGUAGUGAUACCUGUAGCCAGUCUGAUAGCAGUUUGCACAGCCACAGCACAAUUGCAGCAGGAGCAUUAUCUUCAGAAGAGCAAUGGAUUUACGACACCCCUGAAAAUGUGCUCCCCAGAAGGACACUGUCCUCCAGCUGUUCUACACCCAUAAAUAAUCUAUAUAGUAGCCUUGAGCGCUCCUCAAAAGGCACAGACUCUAGUUCGCUCUACUCUAUGGACAAUGAUGGCUACUACACUUCCAUGCAUUUGGAUUCAGGCCUUAGAUCAAGAAGCCAAGGUAGUGGCCAUGGUCAUGGAAUAGGAGGCAGGGCAGCAAGACAUAGUAUGUACGAAUGCCUGGGUCAGCAAGAUGACCGAUCCAGUCUGUACAGUGACCGUUCACUGUCACGUUCCAUCUCCCUUCGCAAACCUAAGAAGCCACCUCUUCCACCAGCACGCACAGACUCUCUACGGCGAAAGCCUAAGAAAACCAACCCUCCCACAACAAGUACUGGUGGGUCAGAUAUUACCAACAGAUCUGUUCUGAAUGAGUCCUUGAUUGCCACACUCCAACAGUCACUUCAGAAUGGACUUAAAGGAAAGGGGUCCUCUACCUCACCAUCUCACAGUCCCUGCAGUGACUAUGAGGAUCCUUGGAUGAUACGUCCCAGGAGCCAGAGUAGCAUCAGUGUGGGAAGCAGUAAUGUAUCAGCAGCAGGGUUGGCAAAUGUUUACUCCAUCUGUCAUGUGACACCCUCACACAGUGAGACUAGUAGUCUACGAUCUGAUUAUGCAGAUUCUUGGAGCUACUACAUGGAUUAUCCACGUCCACCUAGUGAGCAGACACAGUCACCAUGCAAAUCUGCUGGACAAGCAGGUGAAAUGGCAAAUGGAAGAGGCCUUCACAAUGGUACCCAGACAUCCCAUCCUUCCACCCGGGAGGGUAGUGAAGUGUACAUAAAGCCCAAAACUGGCACCUCAUCACCAGACAGGGUCCAUCGAUUGACUUCUCCAUCAAGCGGUUACUCAAGUCAGUCAAACACUCCAACAGCUGGAACUCCGGUCCCCUCAUUCAUGAGGUGUAAGUCCCCGUCAGGCAAGCCCAGACCUAAAGUACCUGAAAGAAAGUCAUCCUUGCUCUCAUCUGUAUCUAUUUCAUCAUCUUCUACCUCUCUUUCCUCCAACACCUCUGAUUCCAUCAGACACAAUGUUCCUCCACCACCACCUCCUCUACCAGGUGUCAUCCCUGUGUGCAAUGCAAGCCAGACAUUUCCUCCUCCUCCACCUGUUUUACCCAUGACCCCCUCUCAACAAGCAUCCAUGCCCCCACCUUACAUCAAUUCCUCCCCAGAAUUUCCACCCCCUCCACCUCCAGAGGUGUGGAAUGACCCUGGCAUGUCAAACCUCAAUAGUUCUUUCAGUCCUCCACCUCCUCCACCACCUCCAUCUUGUGCCAUUAUCCCUGCAUAUCCUUCCCCCCAAAUUCCACUCCUGCCCAGCAUGACACCUUCCCCUGCCUCCUUAAAGGAUAUAAAGAGCAGCCUGAAGCCUGUGAACACUGAGAGAAUAUCCGAGCCCACACACUCUGAAGAGUCUAGUAAACUUGGUGUACCACUGAUUACCCCCCUUGCUCUGCAAAGUGUGCAGCUUCGCUCAGUGAAACGGCCAGAAAAGAUUGAACUGACCGCUGACCAAUUGGCCAAUAAGACACCAGAGAAGCUUCAAAAACCAGAUCAUCCCACAGUUUCACCAGUUUCUCCACAAAAAAAUGGAUCCACCCUGCAUCGCCAGGAUAAUGUAGAAGUUGUUGAAGCACAUCCUGACCGCAAUGUGAGGUCAAUAAAAAAAUCAUAUUCAGCACCAGCAUGGAGCCUUACAAAUGGAUCCAUAGAUUUUGGUGAUGUUAAGGCCACAGACGAAGUGGAUGGUCUUGAAACUCCCCUGUCAUCACCAGUGAAGACACCACAAAACACUACACCCAGGAAAAUGCCUCCUGUUGUUUCCAAAAAGCCCAAGUUUCCUCUCACCUUUAGACCAUUGCAGAACCAUACAGCAUCCACAGAUGAGGAUGCUGGAGAAUUGUUAAAUGCUCAAAAUGAGGAGGAUAUUUCUACAACAGAAUGCCAGGAACCCACACCUAUGCCACAACAAGAAGAAGAGAAACCAGAUAAUAAUAAUAGAAGUGAGAUUUCUUUACCUCCUGAGGAGAUGAGAAAAAUGUCUCUGACAAAUGUUGAGUUUUCCAAGACUCCUUGUACUAUCAUCCAAGAGACAGAUUGUGAUGUGGACAAGAGCAUUAGUACAGAAGAGAGGCAAGAGGAUGGAGAUGAGGAAGAUGUAACCAGCAACUCCGGAUCUGUUGGCUCUAAAGAAGAUGAAAGUGCAGGUGAUGUGUUUGAGCCCAGCACAGUGGAUACGGCUGAAUCUCCCAGCGUCAGCGGCGACAAAUGCGGGGACAUGGUGACCCCCACUCGGCCCCGGACCACCGAGGACCUCUUCGCUGCCAUUCACAGCCUGGACUAUGUGAGCAUGAACACCCCUCAACAUACGAGGUCUAAGCGAAAGGUCCUAGGACGCAAGGAAUCUGAAGAGGAGCGCACACAAGGUCCUCUGUCACCUCCGGUUACCCCUACCGGAACCGCCCCAACCCUGACUUCCCCUCUGCAUCGCCAGACAGGCUCCAUCCAGCGUAACCUACGCAAAUCCUCGACCAGCAGCGACACAUUCAAGGCACUUCUCCUAAAGAAAGGCAGUCACUCCGGGACCAGCUUCAGAAUGUCUGCCGCCGAGAUGUUGCGCACCACCGACCCGAGGUUCCAUCGGACACGCUCUUUGGACUCCUCGUUCGACCCUUCGUCUCCAACCACGCCAUCUCCCGACAGCCCUUGCGCUUCUCCAGGCCGCAACAAGAGGUCGUCCGAUGACUGGUCACCCAGAUGCUCCCCGGGGUCGCCCUUCUCGACCUCCCCGUCGCUAAUCGGCCCGAAAUACGGCCGAUCUCGCACGCCACCCUCUGCCGCCAGCAGCAAGUACAACGCCCGCAGUCGAAUCCUCAGUAGCCCAAUGACUGUUAUUUGCGAGAGGGACGGAGAACUUACAGAGAGCGGAGAGUACGGUGAAGAGCCAUGCUCUAUUUCUCCAGUUCAGGACUCUAAUAGCACUUUAUGCGAGCAGAGCAGCAGUUAAAGCAUGAAAUGGUUGUCUCAUGGUGGCAAAGGCACAAUGUCGACAAGACACCGGAGAUUGACCGAGGCAGGAGACCAGGAGAGGUUAAACUCUGUAGAAGGUCCUGCCGCCCGCCGCUCCAAGCUGCACUGCGGCAUUCCUGAUGUUGUAGUGUGGGCAUGCUGGGAUCUGAAGUUGCUCUGGCAGAUCAGGCAUUCAGAUCAAGCAGUCGGCAGAAUACCACUGUAUGUGCAGCUCUACAGUAAUCUAAUCAAAUUUUGCCUUCUUUCAGAGAAAAAUCUGCUUUCAGUGGCAACACUAGACGACUCUUUCCAAAGCCCUGCAUUUAUUUCUGUUCUGUUAUUUUGUUUAGCUUCAUGUGCACCUUUUCAAUCAGAUUUGUGUGGUUUUUUUUGUAAAGCAGUUAACACGCAUGUGAAAUGCGGUAAUGAAGGAAUUACUAAGUGACUAAGUGUUACUAAGCGAGUAGUUCAAGUUGAUGGAAAAGUGCAGACUGCUUGUUGUUUCCACGCUUUGGGAAAAGAAAUCUGAGUGUGUCUUAAAGUUUACUGAGACUUUUGGUUUUUGCACGCUGGACUUUGAAGGCCAGCAGACGACUCUGGGCCGGAUCCGCGCCGAAGUCAACAGCUCCGUUGUGAAUCCGGCCCGGCAUCGUCUCCUGUCUGGGCCAGGUCAGAGUUUAACCGGUGAAAGCACACUGUAUGAUUUCUCCAAGAGUUUAUUUCUCACUGUUUAUUGUUCAGAGCCAUCCAUCGGAAGUGUCCGGAAUGGAAAAGAAAUCGAAUAACGUGAGACUGGAGUAAUGAUGGUUUGUUUGUGAAAACCUUUUAGGUUCAGUUUCUAGGUUUGCACUGUUCAUCGUCUCAUUUUACGUCUUACUGUUCAUUGUGUCCGUGUUGGUUAUUCUAAGUGUGAAAGUUAAACUUACUUGAAACAAAUGACCGGUUUUACUUGUAAUCGUACCAAAGACUUGAAAAGGACAGUCUAACUUGUUUGCCCAUUAAGACUGAAACAUGAGGGCUGAUGGUAAUGUUGUUCUGUUCUUUUGGCUACUAGUGAUAAAGACAAGCUUGGACAUAACCAAGGCUUAAUAACUAACUGUUCUGUUUACCCGUCAAACCUGUGUUCGUUCCUUGUGCCGUUUUAUAAUGUUUUUAUGUAUAUACUUAAAGAAAUGUUAAGUAACCUGAACUUAUUUUCAAAGAAUUUGUACAUUUUAGACACCUUUGCUAGGAGUGGCUUCCUUUUGUAGAGUAUUUAUUUUAGAAUAGCCAGAAUGUGGUUUGAUAUAAUAAUGUAGUGGGAGGUGAAAGUGUGAUUAAACAGAUCCUCAGACUGUUCAUUGUGCAAAAUGUCUCGCCUGUUUCUUCAACGCUCCAUCCCACUAAUAGAAAUGUGGAUGGGAAAAUAAUAACAGAAGAACGAAAUGAACCUAACAAUGACGAAGAGGAAGCAAGCCGCUAACCCUCUGGAGUAUGUCUCUGUAAUAAAACACGGUGAUAUUUAAACUGUC